AUGGCUCUUAAAAGAAUAAAGAAAGAAUUUGGGGAACUUCCUUAAGAUUUACCAACAAAUUGCUCUGUUUGUCUGAUAGAUGAUUAAGAUUUUUAUAAAUGGAAGGCAACAAUCUUAGGAUCUGAGGGAUCUCUCUACUACGGUGGCAGUUUUAAGCUUUAAAUAGAAAUUCCUAUGGACUAUCCUUUCAGACCACCAAAAAUUUGGUUCCUAACUCGUAUAUAUCAUCCAAAUAUUAAUUCAAAUGGAUAAUUAAGUUUAGAUUUAUUAAAAGAUUAGUGGUCUCCUGCCCUUAAAAUUAGUAAAAUCCUUUCAGUUAUUUGUGAGGUAUUGGAAGAUCCAAAUCCAGAUGAUCCAUUAGAUCCAGAAAUUGCAAAAAUUUAUAAAUACAAUAAACAAUUCUUCAUACAAAAUGUAUAAGAAUGGAUCAAAAGGUAUGCAUGUUGA